AUGGGACCUCAAGGAGGAUGUUUUCCAGCUAUGUUCAACGAACUCUGUUGGGAAGGGAGCAAGAGAAAUGAUCCAGUGAUAGGCAUUACGUAUCACUUUCGCUGGAACAUGGAUUAUUUGCCGGGAAUAUUUGACGCGAACAGAGGAAAAGUCAAGACGUUUACAACCAUUCGAGAUCCACUCGCGACUUUUCGAUCAACCUACAAUUAUUUUUAUCGAAAUUCGAACGAUUGCGACUGGCCCUGCUGGGGCGCCCCAUUCAAACAAAUUCUUUCCAACACUGUCGAAGAUGUUGAUGCCAAGCCCUUUUUGCCGAUCGAAGAAUUUCUUGAUAUUCUUCCAGAAGCUUACGACUCUUCAGCUCCCUAUGCUUACCGAGUGAGUAAUCCCCAGUCGUUCGAGCUUGGCAUGGACUUUGACAGAAUGAAGGACAUGAAAUACGUCCAGGAGAGUUUGGCAAAAUUAGACAGCAACUUCGACCUCAUCCUGCUAACCGAGUAUUUUUGGGAGGGGAUUGUCUUACUUCGGCAUUUACUUUGCGCGGACUACGAGCAUUUGUACAUUGAAAACAAAAACCAAAGAAACUACAGAAUUGAGCCCUUGAACGAGGAGCGACAAGCAACUUUCGACGAAUUCAAUAAAAUUGAUCUUCUUAUGUACGAUUAUUUUAAUGCUUCUUUGCAUCGAAAAAUUGAGGCUUUUGGACAAAAGAAAAUGGAAGAAGAAAUAGAAAUUGCGAAGAGCACUUUUUCUCGCUGCGCAGAAGGUGUUAUUGAUUGCACUGUAGCCAAACUGGCCUUGAAUCGGGAAUCUCCUCAAACUCAAAUUAUUAAUUUUGAGAAAAUGAACAUCACCCUCCUUGAAGCUGACCACAGAAACCCGGUAAAAGUGAAAUUUCGUCCGAUUCUCAACGAAAUCAUCAACGUCAAUGAAGUCGCUCAAAAAAUCGAUAUAAAGUUCUGGUUUCAUCACGAGUGGGUAGACGAGAGGCUGUCUUGGGAUCCAGAAGACUACGGAAAUGUCGCGACGCUCCAUGUUCCUCAGGAUUUUCUUUGGCUGCCUGACUACGCUCUCUAUGGCAAUGCCGAUGGAGAUUUCAUCAUCGCCGAGUCCGUCCGCGUCCGAAUCUUCAGCAACGGAACCGUCAUGUGGCGCCCGCCAAUUAUCACCAAAACUUUUUGCGAAAUCCAAGUGGCAAACUUCCCGUUCGACUCGCAGAACUGCUCGAUGAAGAUUGGCAGCUGGACGGGAAAUACGUUUUUGAUCCAGACUCGGAAUUUCGAUGCGCGUUAUGACGAUGUGACUUGUUGCGAGCCGAUCGACUUGUCGACGUAUAAUGUAAACGGGGAGUGGGAAAUGUUUCAUUACGGGUGCUGGAGACAUAUUCAAUAUUACGAAGGGCUGCCGGAAGGAUAUGAAGACAUCACGCAUUAUAUCAUUAUCAAAAGAAGACCGAGAUAUUUGAUCUUGAAUAUUAUUAUUCCGACAAUAGUCUUUUCGCUUUUGUCCUGCGCCGUAUUUUACCUCCCAGCUGAAGAGGCGGAAAAGAUAACUCUGUGUAUUUCCGUCCUCCUGUCCUUGGUCACAUUUUUCCUUGUCAUCGUCGACAGCAUCCCUCAAACCGCCCGGGCAGUCCCGAAACUUGGCAUUUACAUCCUCUUCACGAUGAUUCUCAACACCGUUUCCAUCCUACUCACGAUCGUGGUCGAAAACAUGCACCACCGCGGCCCCGAGACCCACGAAAUGCCACAAUGGAUUCGCACCGUUUUUAUCGAUCUCCUGCCCCGGCUCCUUUUUUCUUCGACAAUGAAAAAAAUGGACGUGCAUGGACCAAAGCCGCCCAAGAUCAGCGAUGUCUUCAAAGGGACUUAUCAGUACCGAGCGAUAGCGAAACUGGCCGGGACGGAAAACGAAACCGACCCGAUUUUAUUGAACCCAGAAGUGCAGGACGCGAUCAGAGGGGUGGAAUACAUGGCAAAGAGUUUCAAGGAAAAGGAAUUUAAUGAGAACUCGAAGGCAGAAUGGAAAUAUGUCGCGUUUGUGCUGGAUCACUGUCUUCUCAUAGGAACUUUGCUUCAUUUUUCUUGCGAUUUCGCUUGUUCGUGA